AUGAAUAGCGGCAUGAAAGCGGCUGUCACGAACUCAAAGCUCAACUGCUGCAUUUAUAUGAGGGCUGCCCUCUUUCAUUCUACCCCCGUCUUGGAUCGUAAGAGACGCAACUAUUGGGAACCUAGAUUCAACAACCAUUCAAGAAGGUCCAGAAGGAACCAUGCAAAGCAAACGUUACUGCGCAAUGUCAAUGCUUAUGCAGACUUCUUAUUUCAGAGUUGGCAGAAGGAGUACGAUGAGGAUGAGCCCUCUUCUAGUAAAGGCACCUCAUGGUUUAAAAAGCAAUACUCAGCCAAGGGAUCCAAAAAGAACUGGGGAGGCAAUCAAGGAGCCUGGAAUUCCGGCAGAAGAGGUUUCCAGUAUUGUGAAGAAGAUAUAGAUGUGGAGACCAUUUUCCGAUCCACGUUUGGUGGAACCAAAUUCUAUUAUUGGUCGUUCAUUGAUGAAGAGAGUUCACAGUGGAGGAGCUCUUCAAAUCACUCUAACUAUGGUAGGUCCUGGAAUUGGAGGCAACAGAAUAAGGAAGAAUAUGAAACUGAGUCUGAGUCCGAGUCUGAAAGGUCUGAGUCAGAUGAAAGGUUGGCCCUCGGAUUGAGUGCUUCUGGCCCUCUAACACUUGAAGAUGUCAAGAAUGCAUACCGAAUCUCUGCCCUGAAAUGGCAUCCAGAUCGUCACCAGGGCUCUUCCAAGGCUGGUGCAGAGGAAAAGUUCAAGCUUUGCAGUGCGGCAUAUCAAUCUUUAUGUGAUAAACUGGCUAACAAGGCUGCCGGUGUGGCUUUGAAAGGGUUCAGCCAGUGGAAUAAUUAUCCGACGAUGGUUGUUCACAGGCAGCGCCAGCUUUGCACUGCCGGAAGUGUAAAAGAAAGAAUAUAUAUUACUGAGUUACAACCUCGGGACAAAGAGAUCAAAGGUAGAGGGUGGGGGAGAUGGAAGGGGAAGGGGAGGGUGGGGGAGACGGAAGGGGAAGGAGGGGAUGGGGAGGCUGAGUUGAAUUUAUCCAAGUGGGAUGAUCUCAUUGGAUAUGUGGGCACCACAUAUGUGCCACGUCAUCAGUUUAACAGAAAAUUUGACAAAACUUCACAACGGGACCAUAUUGAUGUGUGA